CCACUUGAAUGUCGCGCCAUCUGUCCUCGUUAAUCUCAUCGUUAAGUGUCAAGUUGAUGUCAACAAAUAUUUUUAUUGUAUGAGUAAGAGUGGGAUUAUUAUUAAUUAUUUUAAUUAAUCGUGCAUGUUUCAUUAAAAAAUGACUCAAGAAAAUCGUCCAGAACUCUUUGAAGAAGUCAAGUUGUAUCAAAACGCAAGGGAACGUGAUAAGUACGACAAUUUAGCAGAUUUAUAUGCAGUCAUCAACACACUGCAACAACUUGAAAAGGCAUACAUUCGGGACUGUGUUACUCCAAAGGAAUACACAGGAGCAUGUAGCAAAUUGUUAGUGCAAUACAAAGCUGCCUUUCGUCAAGUAAGAGGCGAUGAGUUUCCUACAGUGGAUGCAUUUGUUAAGAAGUAUCGACUUGAUUGUCCUGCUGCAUUAGAGAGAAUCAAAGAAGACAGGCCCAUUACUAUUAAAGAUGAUAAAGGCAACACAAGUAAAUGUAUUGCAGAUAUUGUUUCUCUUUUUAUUACCAUAAUGGAUAAGCUACGACUAGACAUUAGAGCCAUGGAUGAUCUCCAUCCAGAGUUACGGGAUUUAGUAGACACAAUGAACAGGCUAAGCAUAAUUCCAUCUGAUUUUGAAGGCAAGCAGAAAGUUGCAGAGUGGCUGGCAACACUCAACUCAAUGCAAGCAUCUGAUGAACUGUCAGAAUCCCAAAUUCGUCAAUUGUUGUUUGAUUUAGAAAGUUCUUACAGUGCUUUUAACAAAUUGUUGCACAAUUCUUCAUGAAUAUAUUUUAUACCUAUUUUAUUUAAAAUGCAAAAUUUAAAUAUUCAUAUAAUAAAAAUAUGUUAAUCAAC